AUCAUGCUCCAGCCAAUCACGUCACAGUAAGGAGUGACACAGGUUUCCGGCCUGAUAAACGACAACAUAGCUGAAAGACGAAGAGGAGAACUCGCAAAGGAUACGACACUGCGGCGUUUCCGUGAGUCUUCAUCUAGUAUGCUCUACGUAAUCGCCAAAUAAUAUCCCAAGAGCUGACAUCAGACUGACAUGGAAUCUGUUUGUUGAACUGCUCCAUCCUAAGCCACUAUUUGCACCAACACCGGUGUGCAUCUCCGCAUUGAAUGAGAUUGACCUGCUAUCAUUAUGGACACUGAAACUGAAGUAAUUCCCAUCUGGCAGAAUAAGCCUCACGGAUCCACACGUAGUGUUGUGAGAAGAAUAGGAUCUACUCUCCCACUCAAACCUCCACAAAGGGCAUGUUUUCAGGAACUACCAGGUAUACCUUCUCUGCGACCAAUGGAUGGGCCCAUUGUUCCUACCUUGGCAGAUAUAGCCUGGAUUGCUGCAGAUGAAGAGGAAACGUAUGCCAGAGUGCGGAGUGACACACGUCCUCUGAAGCACGAAUGGCGGCCCACGCCCCUGCUGGUGCUCCACAGGAACUCAUCCGUGCCCAAUUUCCGCCGUGAAGGCAAAAGGAUGGAGGGCCUAAGGAAGCCUGGCGUCACGGCACUGAAUCGCACAACGGCCCUGCAGGACGAGCUCAGCAGACUCCGUGCACAGAUUGCCAAGAUUGUGUCAAAUGACACUGGCUCCAACCCACUGACACCUGAUCUCCUUUCCCCCGAUGACACAAGCAUGACUUUCUCCAUGGCGCCUUUUGAGACGGCACCCUACCAGCCGGCUGCCGCUGCUGCUGCUUCCUUUGUCAUCAGUGACGUCACGGAGGAGGAGGAAGAGGAGCUGGAGGAUGAGAAAGAUGUUGUUUCUGUGGUGUCAGAGCUGGCCCCUGACCCUCUGCCGCCUGUUUCAAUGACGGCAUCGGCAACAUUUGACCUGGACAGGCCCAGCAUGGACUUCCGGGAAGCGGAGGAGGAUACAGUGUCACUGUCCAAGUCCACCAGCUUUGCUGAUGUUAUGGACAUCCUGAAGGACAUGAACCGCAUGAAGAUGAGCAAAGACAGAUACAACAGAGGCUGCACGUCCCUGAGAGAAGAGGACUCGGCCUCUCUUAUUUCGGAGGCUUUGAGGAAAAAGUUUGUUUUGAAGGAAGAAGAUACUGCCGCUGUGAAUUGGAAGUAGCCCAGUCGCCACCCAAACCUGCUGUUCAAUGCCUUUGCCUGUGGAGAAUGUACCCAUGGAUCCACAAACGUUGCUCCUCAAUAUCAAGGCAAUAGUUGUUUCUCAGAGGUAAAAGCAUACAAACAAAAAGAAAGAAAAAAAGGCUCCCACUCCCAGGCAUUUAUGAACAAACGUGAACCUCGCAGUGCCAGUGGAAACAGCCAGCUGUUGUAGUCAGUUCCUGCAUUCAGUGCGUUCAACUCUGGGAGAAAAAUGUUCAAAAAAAAUUAUUUUCAUAUUUUCAAUAAUGACUCAAUGACAGUAAGACGGCCCAUCAUGCGCAACAUUUGGAACAUUAGAAACAUUCGACCCAUCCUGCUAUGAAAAGAGUUGCUGUAUCUUUUGAAUUUUUCCAUAGAACAAAUGUUUUAAGUUUUUUUUCAGAUGUGUAAAAACAGUUCUCUUAUCAUACUUGAAGAUAAUGGGGUUUUUUUUCAGAUGAAACUGAUUUAGUGCACACACACAGAUGUAGUGAAGCUUGUGUGUGUGUGUGUGUGUGUGUGUGUGCACUGGGGAGAAUAGUACGUUCAUAUCUGUGCUGUUAAUAUUUGCAUGACAGUAUGGAGUCUGCAGAUGCAUCGUGACCUCGCUCCACUGCACCUCUUAUGCCUGUCCACUUUUCUUUUUUUCUUUUUUUUUGAGAAAAGCCUAAAAGGAAGUGGUCAUCACUGAGCCUCAGGGCAGUGGUUUAGUUGUUUUUUUAUUAUUAUUAUUAUUAUUAUUAUUAUUCUUUAAUUUCAAAACUGAAAUAUGGUAAUAGAUGCAAGACUGAACUUUGAAGGAUCUGUGUGCGGGAAACUCUUCAGUGAGGGCAGAGACAGAGUAUGCAGGAUGUUUGACGAAACUAUAGGUUAAAAAAUACAUUUUGUGUGCGUGUGUGUGUUAAAAUGAAUAUUGUUGAUGUUUAACCACAUGUCUGUGGCCUGUUCCUAUGCCUGGUUUUAUUCCCCUUAUGAGCUCAAAAGUGCCAUAGGUUUGUUUUAAUUGGCCUGCCUUCUGUUUUUCCUGAACGUGCCACUCCGUCCAAGGUUAUUAUAGUUUUGGGUUUUUCAUUAGUUUUCAGUUUUUUUAUUGAGUUCUGACUGUUUGUUUUUAAAAUAACUUGGGUUUUAAUUAGUUUUUAGAGCGGGUUUGCUAGUUUUUAUACGUUUUGGCUGUUUGUAAAAUGGAGUAUUUGUCCCUGAAUCUAAUGUAACGGUCUACAAGAAAUGAGUCUGAAAUGCAAAAUGCAGAUAGUGUGUCAGGGAAAAUUCGAAUAGCCAACAGACUAAAGACACAUAAAUAAAUAAUAAUAAUAAAUAACCCUCAUGAGACGCAUCGUAUUAUUUGUGAGUCAGGAGUAUCAGGGGGCUUAAUCUGAGGGAAAACAUGAGCAAAAUUUAACAAACAAUAAACCCAAUAAAAGACUAGAGGUUUGAUUCACCUACAGUAGAUUCAUGCAUUCAUCUCAUAUUAUGUUAUUUGACUCCAGAUGUGAGUGAAAGGGCCGAUUUCACUCGUGCGUGGUUUUGAUUAGAUUACGUUGCCAUUUAAAUACGACAAUUGUGACAAUAAAUAUUCAAUUAUUGCAUUUGUGUGUAACUUUUACAGCCAGUUUCCGUUAACUAUAAUAACCUUGCCUCCGCCCCAGGUUAUUAUAGUCAUUAAUGAUAAUAAUAAGUAGGCCGCCAACAUCUUCAUCACCUCAAACGUGCAAUAAACGACUGUGUUCAGAACCAGA